AUGUGGGUUGAGCAUCCAGUAUUUAUUGGUUUUAUAAAGCAGGUGUGGGAUGUGCCGGUGAUUGGGACGGGGCUUGUCAUUCUUGCUUGUAAGCUUAAAAAGGUGAAAGUGGCUCUUCGUGAAUGGAAUAAGCGAGUGUUUGGUAGGACUAAUACCCAUAUUGAAUCUUUGGAAGCGAAGGUUGAGGGUCUGGAAGGUUGUCUGCAAAGAGAGUGGGAUAUUGAUGCCGAGAGGGAGCUUGUGCUGGCUUCGGAUAAAUUAAAUUCUUGGAGACGUAGGGAAGAUAUCAGAUUAGCUCAAAAUAAAAUGGAAUAUGGAAUAUGGAAGGUGAUCGUUCAUGUAUGGUUAGCUAAUAAACGACGUAAAAGAAUCAAAGGGAUGAGAACUCCGGAUGGGGUAGAGUUUAACUCGCCAGAAGAAAUUCAUAAUGGAGCUGUUGAGUAUUUUGCGGAUUUUCUUAAAAAUACUAACCAGUCACGAGUACUUCCGAAUUUAUCAGAUUUGAUUUCACCAGUUAUUGAUGUUGAGGAUUGUACAUGUCUUUGUUUUACCCAUUCAUUGGAUGAAGUAAAGAAGGCUCUUUUUUCGAUUCCUAUAAACAGUUCUCCUGGGCCAGAUGGUUUUGGAGCAGGUUUCUUCCAAGGUGAUCGUGGGUUACGUCAGGGGGAUCCAUUAUCGCCUUAUCUUUUUAUUAUUAUUCAGGAAGUUCUUUCUCGUCUUUUGAAGCAGAGUGUGUCAUCACAUAAGAUUGAUAAUUUCUCCCAACCUAGAGGUACUCCUCAGAUCUCACACCUUAUGUACGCAGAUGAUAUUGUUCCUCAAUCAAUUAUAAAGCUCUAA